AUGGAAAAUGGUGAAUUGCACUAUGACGACCCCAACAAGAAGUUUAAUUUGGAGAAGCGGCCAGCAUUCCAACGUCCGCCUUCUGAAUACCCGGGGCACAUCCCAUUGUAUAAUUUCGAAAAAGCAUUGAUGUUUCUUGGAUCGUCAAUUGGGUCGUUUUUCCACCCAGAGAGAAAUGAGUUUAUUGUUGCCCUUGGGGAAUCAACUGCCAUUGAGCCAGUGUUGAAGCAGUUGCAAAGAACCAUGUUGAGUGAUAAGACGGGACGUGAAAUACUUCGUGAAAGACCACGCAUCACAUCGACAUCAUUGGACUUAGACUAUUUACGUUCUUUGCCUGACAACACUAUUGGGAAACAAUACAUUAUAUGGUUAGACCGCGAGGGUGUAAGUCCAGACACCAGAGUUCCUGUUAAGUACGUAGACAAUGAGGAGCUUGCUUACAUUUUCCAACGUUAUCGCGAGUGUCAUGACUUCUACCAUGCAAUCACAGGAUUGCCUAUAAUUAUCGAGGGUGAAAUAUCAGUCAAGGUGCUCGAGUUUCUCAACAUUGGAAUACCAAUGAGUGGAUUAGGAGCGUUAUUUGCUCCAUUAAGAUUAAAGCCAAGCCAACGCAAGCGAUUGAGAGAAAUUUACUACCCCUGGGCUAUGCGAAACGGAUUGUUUUCCAAGCCUUUGAUCAAUGUGUACUGGGAGAAGAUCUUGGAGAAAGAUAUCAAUGAGUUUAGAGAGGAAAUGAGUAUCCAACCUCCUCCAGAUUUGAGAAAUAUGAGAAAAGAUUACUUUGCAAGGAAGAGAAGGGAGAAAGAGAUAAAACAAGGUAUUAAGCAGUGA